GUUGCGUUUUGCUGUUACGAAAGGCCCAUGUGGGUGACCUCCACAGAGACAGACCUCUGCAAAGAUGCACGCGGUAGCUCGAUAUUCACGUUUUUCCUGCCAACUUGUCCACUUAGGACGGUCCUUCUCGAGAACUUCCAUCCAAAGAUGUACCAUCAGACCACAGCAGCAGAGGAGAUUACUACACAUGACCAGGGCAGCGUGCACGUCCACAACAGAACCACUAGCACCACCGUUAGCCGACGGAGAACCAAAGGAAAUUUCACCCAAAAUCCAGAAAAUUGUAGACGACAUAGCAACCCUCACUCUCUUGGAAGUGUCUGAGCUCAAUGCCUUGCUUAAAAAAACAUUCAACAUUGCAGAUACACCCAUGAUGCCUAUGGGUGGUUUUGCUGCAGCACCGAAGGAGGAGGAAGAAGAGGCAGUUGUGGAAGUGAAGGAGGAACAGACAGAGUUCACAGUCAAACUGGUGAAGUUUGAUGAUGCAAGUAAAGUCAAACUCAUCAAGGAAAUCAAGACAUUCAAAGAGGGAAUGAAUCUUGUGCAGGCUAAGAAGUUUGUAGAGGCGACGACUACAGGACCUCAGGUAGUGAAGGAAGGCAUCGCCAAGGACGAGGCAGAGGCUAUAAAGGCAGCUCUGGAACCUCUUGGGGCUGUUGUACAGAUCGAUUAGUAAAAGGAACACUUAUGAGUAGAGUACUAUAGGCAGUACAUAUACACACAACCAGUAUGUGGCUUGGAGUCACCAUUACAGGAGAGGCAGAGUUUUAAAUAAAAUAUUUCCAACUUCAAUCUGCAAUUGUACUUCCUGUCUUGCUAAUUAAUCAUCUUUAUAACAAUUCCAUUGUUGUUUUUGCAAAUAGUAUAAUGAUAAUAAUAAUAAAGAAUCAAGGAGAGGUACACUGUGUCGUUUUCCUUGAAUUCUGUCCUGUAUCAAAUUAAGCUUCUACUGCCUGUAGUGUGAUGUGAUGUAAAAUAGAAAAAGAUGUACCAACCAUACAAGUCUAUCAAAGGCAGGCGCUUUGUAAGGUACAUGUAGAUGGUUAUCAUUGUAUUAUUAAAACAUGUC